GCCCGGCCCAGCUCAGCUCAGCGGCGGAGCCCGCAGCCCCGAGCGGCUGCGCCCAGCUCCAUGAAUGGAAAUCAGCAGCGCAGGACCCGUCGGGGCUCAGCCCCUGCUCAUGGUGCCCAGGCGGCCUGGCUAUGGCACCAUGGGCAAGCCCAUUAAACUGCUGGCCAACUGCUUCCAAGUUGAAAUCCCAAAGAUUGACGUCUACCUCUAUGAGGUGGAUAUCAAACCAGAUAAGUGUCCUCGGAGGGUGAACAGGGAGGUGGUGGACUCGAUGGUGCAGCAUUUUAAAGUGACCAUAUUUGGGGACCGUCGACCAGUUUAUGAUGGGAAAAGAAGCCUUUAUACAGCCAACCCACUUCCCGUGGCCACUACUGGGGUGGAUUUGGAUGUGACAUUACCAGGAGAAGGUGGAAAAGAUCGUCCCUUCAAAGUGUCAAUAAAGUUUGUUUCUCGGGUGAGCUGGCACUUGCUGCAUGAAGUUUUGACAGGAAGAACCUUGCCUGAGCCUCUGGAACUAGACAAACCUAUCAGCACUAACCCUGUUCAUGCUGUCGAUGUGGUGCUACGACACCUGCCCUCCAUGAAGUACACCCCUGUGGGCCGCUCCUUCUUCUCAGCUCCAGAAGGCUACGAUCACCCCCUGGGGGGCGGCAGGGAGGUCUGGUUUGGGUUCCAUCAGUCUGUGCGGCCUGCCAUGUGGAAGAUGAUGCUCAACAUUGAUGUUUCUGCUACUGCCUUCUACAAAGCACAACCUGUGAUUCAGUUUAUGUGUGAAGUUCUUGACAUUCACAACAUUGAUGAACAACCAAGACCUCUGACUGAUUCUCAUCGGGUAAAAUUCACCAAAGAGAUAAAGGGUCUGAAGGUAGAAGUGACUCAUUGUGGAACGAUGAGACGGAAAUACCGCGUUUGUAAUGUGACCAGGAGGCCUGCAAGUCAUCAAACCUUUCCUUUACAGUUAGAAAAUGGCCAGACUGUGGAGAGAACAGUAGCACAGUACUUCAGAGAGAAAUACAACCUCCAGCUGAAGUAUCCUCAUCUGCCUUGCCUGCAAGUGGGACAGGAACAGAAACACACCUACCUGCCUUUAGAAGUAUGUAACAUUGUGGCUGGCCAGCGGUGUAUCAAGAAGCUAACGGACAAUCAGACAUCAACUAUGAUAAAGGCCACAGCAAGGUCUGCUCCAGACAGGCAGGAGGAAAUCAGCAGAUUGGUGAGAAGCGCGAAUUACGACGCGGAUCCGUUUGUUCAAGAGUUCCAGUUCAAGGUGCGGGACGAGAUGGCCCACGUGACGGGGCGCGUGCUGCCCGCGCCGAUGCUGCAGUACGGGGGUCGGAACAGAACAGUGGCGACCCCAAGCCAUGGAGUUUGGGACAUGCGAGGGAAGCAAUUCCACACUGGUGUUGAGAUCAAAAUGUGGGCUAUCGCUUGUUUUGCAACGCAGAGACAAUGCAGAGAAGAAAUACUGAAGGGUUUUACAGACCAGCUGCGUAAGAUCUCCAAGGACGCAGGGAUGCCGAUCCAGGGCCAGCCCUGUUUCUGUAAAUAUGCCCAGGGUGCAGACAGUGUGGAGCCCAUGUUUCGGCACCUCAAGAACACCUAUUCAGGGCUUCAGCUCAUCAUUGUCAUCCUGCCAGGAAAAACACCGGUGUACGCGGAGGUGAAGCGUGUGGGAGAUACACUGUUGGGAAUGGCCACGCAGUGUGUUCAAGUCAAAAAUGUCAUUAAAACAUCUCCACAGACCCUUUCAAACCUGUGCCUGAAGAUCAAUGUUAAAUUAGGAGGAAUCAAUAACAUCCUUGUACCUCACCAACGACCUUCUGUGUUCCAGCAGCCAGUGAUCUUUCUGGGAGCCGAUGUCACUCACCCUCCUGCUGGAGAUGGAAAGAAACCUUCCAUAGCUGCUGUUGUAGGCAGUAUGGAUGCUCAUCCAAGCCGCUACUGUGCCACGGUGAGAGUUCAGCGGCCCAGGCAGGAGAUCAUCCAAGACCUGGCCUCCAUGGUGAGGGAGCUUCUCAUCCAGUUCUACAAGUCAACGCGCUUCAAGCCCACACGUAUCAUCUUCUAUAGGGAUGGGGUCUCUGAAGGACAGUUCCGACAGGUUUUGUACUAUGAACUGCUAGCAAUUAGAGAAGCCUGCAUCAGUUUGGAGAAGGAUUACCAGCCUGGAAUAACCUAUAUUGUGGUGCAGAAACGACAUCAUACACGGUUGUUCUGUGCUGACAGAACAGAAAGGGUUGGACGAAGUGGCAAUAUCCCAGCUGGAACAACUGUAGAUACAGACAUUACACAUCCAUAUGAGUUUGAUUUUUACCUCUGCAGUCAUGCUGGAAUACAGGGUACCAGCCGUCCCUCACACUAUCACGUUUUGUGGGAUGAUAACUGCUUUACUGCAGAUGAACUGCAGCUGCUGACUUACCAGCUCUGCCACACAUACGUGCGCUGCACGCGGUCAGUUUCUAUACCUGCACCAGCCUAUUAUGCUCACCUGGUAGCAUUCAGAGCACGGUACCAUCUUGUGGACAAAGAGCAUGACAGUGCUGAAGGAAGCCACGUUUCAGGACAGAGCAAUGGCAGAGACCCACAGGCCCUGGCGAAGGCUGUACAGAUUCACCAAGACACCUUACGCACGAUGUACUUCGCUUAAGUCAGUAACAGGGGAGCGUGCUCGCCGCGAGGAAGAACUGACAAAUUAAGCCACAUACAAUGUAUGUUUCCAGUGGGGUUGGUUUAUGGGGUGCGCCUCCCAUCGUGCAGGGGCGAGAGGCUGACCCUUAAAUUGACACAAGGAAGAUUGUUUACUUCACCGAGGAACACAGCACUAUUAUGCAAUAUGAAACCAGCCAACUGCUUUUGUGGCGCGGUCUCCUGUAGGAAGCACCGCCAUCAUUUUCCUCCUUCUGUUUAAUUUCUCGUAGUUUAACCCUCUUCUGCCUUUACCUCAAGUUGCUCGGCAGCACAACUCUCUUUGCAAAAAAAAAAAAAAAAAUUAAUAAUAAUUAAAAAACAAAGGAUGGUGUAAUUUGAGAAAAGCAACCUGUAUAAGAACAGUCACAGUGAUUCUUUGGGAGAGAGAAGUGUGCAAAAAGUCUUGUUUCGCCCAGUUGAGGAAUCUUUCUCUCAGUAUUGCCAUCAGCAUUCGAAUGCGACCAUAUCUGAGUACAUCUGAAUGUACAGCACUAAGUAGAGAGAAAAUGGAGGGGAGGGAAGAUGUUUUGCACACUGAUCCAAUCAUUUGAACAUAGUUUAGCCAACUGCUGCCUUUCUUCACAGCUUUGGAGUCCUCAGCUCCAUCAGUUCCCUUUUAGAAGCAAACAAAGCUAGCGGUGUUACUGCAGGCAGUGGUGAUCCCAACUGUUCUUGCUCCCUGGUGACUUUACUAAAGCUGCUGUUUUACCUAGUCCAAAAGUUUCAAUUAUUUUCUAUCUGGCAAGUCAAAUAUCGUGAAGCUUCAUGUGAGGUUGGGCGUCCCAAGCUUUAUGGGAUGGCUGCAGCAAACACCAGAACUGAAACUUUAGAGGUAAGGUCGUCUUGACAAAAGAAAAAUGCUAGUUUACUUGCUGCCUCUCACACCUUAAUGUGAUUUCAUACGUACGUGUUUUUGAAGUUUAGCUUCCUUUGUUUCCUUUCUAUUUAUUAGAGUAAUAAUAAUGCUUUAAUUUAAUUAUUACAGAACAUAUGGUCAACAUCAACUUUUAUUUUUUAGAAAUGUAACCAUGUUUAUUUUUAAAGAACUGACAACUUGUUUUUGCUAUCUUUUAGUGCAAUAAGCGUUCGAAAAGAGAACUGUGUCCAUUGAGCUGAACCACAGCCGUGUUUGUACCGCUGGCUGUGGCGGAAUGGACGCCUCCGGUUUUAAAAGGACAAAGUCAAAGCCUUAAUUUUGAAAGGAAAGUUUUAUAGUCAGAAGGAAUCUCGGAUUUUCCUUUUUUAAAUCAAAAAGUAGCAAAAAUGCUUCUGGAACUCUGCAGGCUUCAGCGCUCGCUGCCGUGGUUUGGUUUAACAAAGGAACCGGCCGUAUUUUUGGCUUUGAGACGUGGGAGAUAUUUGAAGUAAACAAACAGAUUUUUUUAUUGAGCUCUAAGUUUUUACAUGCUUAAUUAAACCUGUUUGACAUCAAUAAAAGGUCUGGAGUUAUUAAAAGUUUUUAGGCUUUUUUCCUCUUUGAUAACGACUUUCCUUUUAAAAUUAAGUUAUUGGUAACUUCAUUUCACUUUGCAAAUAAAAAGAGGGCUGGGAUAGUUCUACCUUUAAAUCACUGAAAUGUGAAGCAAACAAACGGGACUCUUUCAUUCCACUUUAAAGGCAACCCAACGUUAAGAUGUCAGAGAUGAGCAUUUAUUCUGCGAGGGGCCUGGGAAGUUUUGCACUUUGUAAACUCGUGAACUGCGUUUUUUGACUGUUUUUUAUUUGCACUGGUUCAUAGUAUAUAUACUGCAGAUCGUUUCUAUGGGCAUUGCUGUUAUCCCAGCCCUUCUGAACCCCACCUGCUCUCCACAUGAAAACCAGAGGGUCGCUAAAGCAGCUUUAUCUCCCGGCGUUCUCACCGAACGCUCUGUUUGCCAAUAUUCUGUGUUUUGAGCCUAAAAUCUGAGCCCGUUUCGCUUCAGCAGGCAUGACUCUGCCCAUCUCUUCUGCCAGAACACAAAGUACUGUAUUUGUGCGUCUGUGUGUCGUCCUGCAGUGUGUGUAGUGCUGUACAACGCUGUCUCGCAGAGCUCUGCUCGGCGGUUGGCGCGUAGGCAUGCUUCAUCUCCCAGCACCAAGGAAGGGAACGUAAAGAUUAACCUUGUGAGCAUUGCACUGGAAAAGUCCUGAGGUGGGCAGCUGUUGGGGAGCACUGGGGGGCGGUGGGGCUGGGCUUUGCCCUGAGCCCCCAUUGGGCUGAGCUCCAGGAUGGCUCAGCCCUCCUCCAGGUGCCCACAGCGCCCCAAGGCAGAGCUGCAGGGAGGUGGUGCUGCAGUUGUUGCAGCCUCUGAAACGUUGCCCUCGGUUGGGGACCUGCGAGCUCUGCCUUGGAAGAGCUCUAGCUGGCAGUUCUGUUAAUACAAGGUUCAGGUUAGGCUUUUUACAGAAAGCUAACGUUUAAAGAGGGGUAGAGAUUUAUAAAGAAACUAUUUUACAAAGCCUUCUUGUGGAUUUCUGGCGUCAAGAUGAAAAUUCCUUUUCAAAAAGUCUUUUGAUGCUCCUUGCAGACAUGCUGUGCCCUUCUCACCCUGCCCACGCUCAGUGACUGGGAGCCGAGAGGCCUUUGGCUUUGAACUCUCACCAAAAAACAAAGAGACUCCAUUGGGAAGGUGACUUUAGAUGCCAGCUCGACAGCUGCUGUGCCUGGUUUUCAUGUGAAGAGUACGUGGAAGCUUGAAUCUCUCUUCUUGGUUUUGCAAAUAUCUACGUAAAGUGCCGAUACUUAUUUGUAUUACAAUAUCAACUUACUGGCGUUGUGAGGGCCACACAUUUAUGAUGCUGUAGCUGCUAUAUUUAUUUAAAUGGAGAUGGACAAUUACUGCACUAAGGAAUGAGGAGAUAAGCAAGGAAUCAAGGUUAGUUAGAUAUCUUGGGGUUUUUUUGGGGGUUUUUUGUUUUUUUUUUUUCUGAAAGAGAAUUAAUGGUGUGAAAUAUCAAGUGUAACAAAGGGUGCUGUCAUUUUAACUGAGAUUAAAUAGCCAGAUAUUCUUCCUUUGUUUAAAAA